AUCAGCUAAGCAACUUGUAAAGCAUACACCUAAAAUGAACAACUGCAUUUCCUCUCUUUGAGAUAAAUUUUAUCACAUCCUCCAGGACAACACACACAUAUAUAGUAUUGAUCAGAGCCAAAGAGGCGGCGGUCACCAUGGCACUGGUGGUGUGUUGGUAUGAUUUCGUUUGUUUUGGCAUUGUGGCUGCUUCUUUUAUUGGCUCCUUGUGGGUGAUAUGGAGGAAGGAACGUUCCUCCAGAUGCGAUGAUAAUACCAUUUAUGAAAGCCUGAUAGCGGCUCGAACAGACAGUGAUGCGUUCGUACGUGCCACCCCUAAGGCUCAUGUUGGUUCCUCCCAGCUUUGGACCAGUUGCUGGAAGGGGGUGCACCCUGGAUGGCUCCUGCUGACUCGUUUCGUGUCCUUAGUAGCCAUGGCCGGAUUCUUGUCAUGGGAUAUUGCAGAUUGGGGUGCAACCAUCUUUGUCUACUAUACUGAGUGGACAUUUACAUUAGUUAUGAUCUAUUUUGGGGUGGGGACAAUUGUAUCUGCAUAUGGAUGUUGGGUUUAUCGAAAGGAACCCCCUUCUGCAAAUGGGGUAAAUGGGGUAAGGGAAGAGUUUCUGAGAAGGGAUGUUGAAGAAAGUAUAACUACAAACAGUUUUACUUAUGGGGAAAAAGAAAUAAAAGGUAACAUCAAAUUGCAAAGCCACUAUGCUGAGGAGGUCAUUCAACACCGAGCCGGAUUUUGGGGAUAUCUUAUGCAAACUAUCUAUCAGGCUUGUGCGGGCGCUGUUAUCCUAACAGAUAUCAUAUUUUGGUGUGUUAUUGUACCAUUUUUAUCAAAUGCUCAUCUGGCCCUGAACAUGUUGAUGGGUUGCAUGCACACAUUGAAUGCUGCUUUUCUUCUGCUAGACUCGGCGCUCAAUAACCUUCCAUUUCCUUGGUUUCGGCUUGCAUACUUUGUCCAGUGGAGCUGUCUCUACGUUGUUUUCCAAUGGGUCAUUCACGCCUGUGGUUUUUCAUGGUGGCCGUAUCCUUUCCUCGAGCUGAACACACCUUGGGCUCCUUUAUGGUAUUUCUCUAUGGCCGUGAUUCACAUACCCUGUUAUGGCAUAUUUGCACUGAUUAUGAAGGCCAAAUAUACAAUUCUUCCCAGGUGGUUUCCUCAUGCUUUCUUGAGGUCAUACUAGUUUCUUGUGAUAAAUGUCUUUCAUUCUUCACUCUGAUUGUGAAGAAUGAAGAAUGUAAAGCUGGGAAUAUUGAAGCCUGUCCCCUCUGGAAAAUUAUUGCUGUCUGUCAUUGAAUAGUGUCCGAGUGGUUUGUUGCAUAAAUACAUAUUUAUUUAUUUAUAUAAUAUACAUUUUUAACGUA